GCGGCGGGGCCGGGGCCGGGGCCGGUGGCGGGGCCGGGGCCGGGGCUGCCCCGCUCCCUGGGGCCGCCAGCUCGCUGGGCGGUGCGGCCCGAGUGACUGCGGGCGCAGAGACAAGAGAUAAUUGAUUCCAUUAUGUGUGCGUCAGUCAAAUACAAUACCCGGGGUCCAGCCCUCAUCCCAAGGAUGAAAACCAAGCAUCGCAUCUACUACAUCACUCUCUUUUCCAUAGUUCUGCUUGGCGUCAUUGUCACGGGCAUGUUCCAGUUCUGGCCUCACUCCAUUGAGUCGUCCAGUGAGUGGACUGUUGAAAAACGCAGUGUCCAUGAUGUGCCUGUGGUCAAGCUUCCUGCUGAUAGCCCCAUUCCUGAGCGGGGAGACCUCAGCUGCAGGAUGCACACCUGCUUCGAUGUCUAUCGAUGCGGCUUCAAUCCCAAAAACAAAAUCAAGGUAUACAUCUACUCACUGAAAAAGUAUGUAGAUGAGUACGGGACGUCGGUGAGUAACACCAUUUCCAGGGAAUACAAUGAGCUGCUGACGGCCAUCUCUGACAGCGAGUUCUAUACAGAUGACGUCAACAGGGCCUGCCUUUUUGUGCCGUCCAUAGAUGUCCUCAAUCAGAACACGCUUCGUAUUAAGGAGACAGCUCAGGCUCUGGCACAGUUAUCCAGGUGGGACCGAGGCAUAAAUCACUUGCUUUUCAAUAUGCUGCCUGGAGGGCCACCAGAUUAUAACACCGCCCUAGAUGUUCCUAGAGAUAGAGCUCUGCUGGCUGGUGGAGGCUUCUCCACAUGGACUUACCGGCAAGGCUAUGAUGUCAGUAUUCCUGUUUACAGCCCAUUGUCAGUGGAAGUGGAUCUGCCAGAAAGAGGACCAGGUCCUCGCAGGUAUUUCAUUCUCUCGUCUCAAAUGGGUCUGCACCCAGAAUACCAGUCUGAGUUGGAAGCUCUUCAAGCUGAGAAUGGGGAAUCAGUGCUGAUCCUAGACAAAUGUACAAAUCUGUCAGAUGGGGUCCCUGCUGUUCGCAAACGCUGUCACAGGAAUCAAGUCUUUGAUUAUCCUCAGGUGCUCCAGGAGUCUACCUUCUGUGUCGUUCUACGUGGAGCCCGCCUGGGACAGGCUGUGCUAAGUGAUGUUCUUCAAGCUGGCUGUGUCCCAGUCAUCAUUGCUGACUCCUACAUUUUACCUUUCUCUGAGGUUCUGGACUGGAAGAGGGCCUCUGUUGUCAUCCCUGAAGAAAAGAUGCCUGAAAUGUACAGUAUUCUCCAAAGUGUCCCCCAGCGACAGAUUGAAGAGAUGCAAAGACAGGCAAGGUGGUUUUGGGAAGCAUAUUUUCGAUCGAUGAAAGCAAUUGCUCUUGCCACUCUUCAGAUUAUCAAUGACAGAAUUUACCCAUAUGCUGCCAUUUCUUAUGAAGAAUGGAAUGAUCCCCCAGCUGUGAAAUGGAGCAGUGUGAGCAACCCACUCUUCCUUCCACUGAUCCCACCACAGUCCCAGGGUUUCACAGCCAUAGUUCUGACCUAUGACCGGGUGGAGAGCCUUUUCCGAGUCAUCACGGAGGUGUCUAAAGUGCCUAGUCUAUCCAAAUUGUUAGUUGUCUGGAACAACCAGAAUAAGAAUCCACCAGAAGAUUCCCUCUGGCCAAAGAUCCGUGUUCCCCUGAAAGUUGUUAGGACUGCAGAAAACAAACUUAGUAACCGCUUCUUCCCCUAUGAUGAGAUUGAAACAGAAGCAGUGCUGGCUAUUGAUGAUGAUAUCAUUAUGCUGACCUCAGAUGAACUCCAGUUUGGCUACGAGGUUUGGCGGGAGUUCCCGGACAGGUUGGUUGGAUAUCCAGGCCGCCUGCAUCUUUGGGACCAUGAAAUGAACAAAUGGAAAUAUGAAUCAGAAUGGACCAAUGAAGUCUCCAUGGUGCUCACUGGGGCAGCAUUUUACCACAAGUAUUUCAACUAUCUUUACACCUACAAAAUGCCCGGAGACAUCAAGAAUUGGGUGGAUGCUCAUAUGAAUUGUGAAGAUAUUGCAAUGAAUUUUCUCGUGGCAAAUGUCACUGGCAAAUCAGUCAUUAAGGUGACCCCACGAAAGAAGUUCAAAUGUCCAGAAUGCACAGCAAUUGAUGGGUUAUCACUGGACCAGACACACAUGGUGGAAAGAUCUGAAUGCAUCAACAAGUUUGCCUCUGUCUUUGGGACCAUGCCUCUGAAAGUGGUGGAGCACCGGGCUGACCCCGUCCUGUACAAAGAUGACUUUCCUGAGAAACUGAAGAGCUUUCCCAAUAUUGGCAGCUUGUAAAGGCAGCUGUGGGACAAACCUGAGCAAUGAAAACAACGUCUGAAAAAGGUUCUGUGGGGAAUAUAAGGCCCUGAAGAAAAAGAAUAUUGCUGGAGAGUGGGUUAUACCUGAGGGAGGUGAGAACUAAUGUUGUGUUCUUGUAUGUUGUCCUCCCGUUACAUUGUGUGAGGAUGCAAUGGAAAGCUGAACGACUGCCCCUCUGUUGCUCACAGAGGAUUGAAUCUAUCUAUGGGUGCUCCCAGAAAUGUCAAACACACACUUUUCUCCAAAGGAGGCUAUGGAACUGGAAGAAUAAAACAGAAUUCAGCUCUCUGUGUUCUGACUGGCAUGACUGACCUGUCAAGUGUGCUGCAGUUCUCUGGUUUGUAAGCAUCCCUCCACUGAAAGCAACUGUCUGUAAUGUAUAGCUGCUCUCUUUUGGGAGGAGCUUAUUGCCUGUGUGGUUGGUGGGCCUCUGUCUUUUGGGCAUAAUUGUUUGCCAAUCUAACAAUGCAACAAACACUCAUUUUUUCUGUCUAGUGAGACAAAUCUGUGUUGUCACAUGGUUUAAAGGGCAAAGCAUUAUGUUUUACAGAAAUCAGUUUCACGUGAAUUGAGACACACAGCAGGUGGAAGGAUGGUCUCCUUCAAAGCAGAGGUCUGCAGGACAGAAAUCCAACUGCUGCACUUCUUCCUGCAUAAAUCUCAGGUUUUCUGCUGUGUCCGUGCAAGAGACUCAGACUGUGUCAAAAUUAGUUGUAUUGUACAAAAAAAAAAGAUGUACCUUUCAGUCUUACUUUAUUUUUGCUUUUCAUUAUCAAAGCAGAGCCGUGAAGUUACAGUUUUGCAUUGCAGCCGUAUAUUGGAACAACAGCUUUGAAGUAAGGUUUUCACAUCUGAAUCCUCUUCAGCAAGAAGUAUGUUGUAAAAUUCUUCCAUUUAUAGAAAUUCCCACUUAUGGCCUCAAUGUGCAGGGAUAUGUGUUUGUGCAAGACAUUACUAAGGCACACUUACAAACUCCUAUAAAUUACCAUUGUUGAAAAAACUGCUGAGUCUUUGCUUGUAAUUCAACUAAGGAACCCAUUGACACAGGCUGCCACUGAAACAUAUGGCUUAUGGAGGCUUUUGGAGAAGCUUUACAUCUCUCACAAGCAUUAAAAUUGUUUCCCAGUACUGAAAUCAACCUGAAUUGGAAAAUUAAAUGCAGCAAAAUUAGAAAUAAAAUUGCCUGGACUGUUAGUUCUUGCCUUUUGAUACUAAAGUUGAGUCUUUGUUCCAGCUCCACUGAUAAAAUGUUUGUUACCAGAUUUGGUAAUUGACUGAUACCACUGUGGGUGAUUUGACUGUCUUUUGAAACCUGCAUUACUACCAAUUACAGAGACAUCCUACUCAAUGGCAUGUUUUUCUGCUACUUUGUGAGCAACCUUCCUCUCAUAUUUUGCCAAACCCCAAACAAUAGGACAAGUGUUAGGCAUCACGGUUCACCCCCUCUCCUAAGCUGGAUAGGCAGCAAUGACAGAAACCAAAUGAAAGUCAGGCUGGAAACAGGAAACAUCUGCUCCUAUUUGUCUCACCCCCACUAAGACUUAUCUUAUUGCCCAGUGCAGUGGAUGUGCUGUGAAUGAAAAUCAUAUUGGAACAAUAGCUCUGAGGGGAUGCCUCACUUCAUAACUCCCCUGGGAUGUGCCUGUAAACUAUAUCAUCCAAUUCUCUGGGAAAGUUUAAUUACUAGUAAAUGUUUUGUGCUGCAGUCUUUGUUUAAUUCCUCAGUUGCUGUAGGAGGGGAGCACUGGGGAGCUAGAAGGAUGGCUGUUGCAGUGACAACAGUGCCUGCACAGUGAAUGUGACAAGAUAGAGGAGAGUUUGUCGCUCGUUACUUCUCCUUUGUGGCCUUUCAGGUUCAUUCACAUGAACUCUCUUUCUGAAUCUUCCUGUUGAUUUAUAUCCUGGUGCUUGAGCAUCAGGAAAUACCAGCAUAUUUCCCUUGAAAAGUUGUUUUUAAAAGGGUAGUAAUGACAAUGUAGUAGUCACUUCAGUUCUGGUAGUUCUCUGGGAGCUGAUCUCAGCUUGGCAAGCCUUAGCAAUAUAAUUGAGUUUGCAACAUAUUCCUUGUAGAGUUGUGAAGCUGCUGUGACUUCUUGUUUUUUUCUUAGUAAGCCAGGAUUUUUGCACAGUCUUAAAAGACAUAGAGGACUUCAGAUAGCUGGUGGAAAAUUUUUAGGUGAAAGCAGCCUAACCAGCCUAAACUGAUCAUAAACUGAUCUAUAGUCUCAGGUCAGUAGAAGGCAACAGGUCCUUGUGCCUGUAUUCCAAAGUAUCUGAGUGGAUUUCUCCUUCCACACAGUGCCCAGUGACCUGUAUCAGUCAUGUUUUGUCCUUUUACAUUUUACAGUAGCUUUUAUAGAGCCAUCUCACCUAGGUUGUACUCUGUUUUGUGCCAUGAAGAAAAUUGGGCAAUUGACUGUAAAAAUAAAAUAAAAUAAAAUAAGUGUAAAAUGGCCCCUUCCCCUCUACUUAUGUAAUUGUGAUGUUCUUUAUGCUAAAUCUGUAAAGGUAAGAUGUAAGUGUAUGUCUGAUUUGGGAUGGCUUUGUUGCCAAUCUUUAACAUAAUUGUGAACUUUUCAUUGUAUGUAUAUGUUAUUAAAGAAAGAUAUAUUAAAAAGCAAA